CUGCUGGGUUUUCAGAAGAUGAUGCAUUUUGAAGGACCAAAUAGUUUGGCAAAUCAGAUGAGGAGAUUCACACCCAAAACGUUCUCUUGCUACCAGGUGUACUCAGAUACAGUUAAUCUCCUUCACACGAGAAGUUGGAGAAGAGACAGACACACUUCCCAUUUAGAACUUACAAACCUAAUCCUGAGGAUUUUUUUGUUAUAUAUUUUACACUUUACGGACAACACUAAAUGAAGUUUUGUCUUUAUUUUUACAUCAUUUAGUGGACACUGAGCAAUAAAAAUACAAAUCACAGCAGGCCCUGGUCAACUGGUUUGCAAAAGUGUGCAUUGCAACCUCAUUUAAAAGAGUUUGCACCCUCAUUUAAGAACUGUGUCCAGGACUGGAGCAGAGGUCCUGGGACAGAAACAGUGGGGGGGCUAUAUUGUAAGCCCCAAAUGGCUGGACACUCCCCAAGUUUGUUGAUCUGCCCAGAAGGCCGAUAACAGGAUGAGAGCAGCCACGUGGCCUCCCUGUGGAUUACAAGCACCAUGAGCAAGGAACGGGUGCUGCUGACCGGUGCUUGGUACCUGAUGCAUGCCAACAAGAGCAACAAGACCGUAGCUGCGCUUGCAAGGACAACCGUGCUAGUUCUGCAGAAGGACUGGAGAUAAAAUAACUCAUCAUGAUUGUGAAGAUUGGAAUACCGUUACUCCUAUUUCUGUCCAGUCUCCAAGCAAGCCAAGAUACAGACAGGGGCCUGGCUGGACUCAGAGAUGUGAGAUACAGACACUUCCUGGAGGCUCCCCACUCUGUCUCCUACAGCAGCAGCAGCAGGACCAAGCGCUCAGCUAUUUUCAGUACAGGGGUCAAAGUGUGUCCACAGGAAACAGCCAAAGCGGUCAUCAGCAGCCAUCGCGCUUACUACAAACUAAGAGUUUGCCAAGAAGCCAUUUGGGAAGCAUUCCGAGUCUUCUUUGAUCGUGUCCCCAACUCAGAGGAGUACAUGUCCUGGGUUCACACGUGUCAACAUGAAAACCUCUGCAUGGAUGACCUGGCCAGAAACUUCAGCUCUUCUCCUGAACAUUUAGACAUGAUAGCAAGAAGAGUGGCUGAGCUGGCAGAUAACGAGGGAGCUUUGGCUGAAACACCCGAGCCAGGCAAAGACUGCCCCUGGACUGCUCAAAACAGCUUCAUUCCCACAGAGUCUGCAGUGAUAUUAGAGGAGGCCAACCUGAUUCCUGAGAAUCAGCAGCAGUGGAUAGUGGAGUUCAGUGUGACUGUGGAGGACCCCCUCUACAGUGAGAUUCUCCGAGACCCUUCUACUCCUGAAUAUGCUGAUGUGGUUCGGGAGCUCAGAGACAAGAUGUAUCAUGUUUUUGCAAAAAUUCCUGGAUUCAAAGAAAUCCAAGUGCUGGGAUUUCGGGCAGAGGAUGUGUCUGUGCGCUAUGCAGUUUUAUUUAAUGGUGACACUGAACUCAGUGACCAGCCGGAGGGGUACCACAACACUGAUGUGGAGACACAAAGGGACAUGACUGCACCCAAACUUCAGAACAUCAUCGUCAAGGCCCUGAAGCAGGAUCAUUCACUGCCACUGGACCUCAAUACUCUCAGCUUUGAUGCAGUGUACGAAGUGGAAGACCAUGUGAACAAAAAAGCACCUACGGCAGUGUCCCCUGUAGAGGAGAGUUCAACCGUUGCUAUGGCUGCAUUUAAACACUCAGAAGAUUCCAGCAUAUCAACAGAAACACACACCAUUAUGACCCUCAUCCCUGAAGCUCUGACAGACGUCAUUUGGGUUGAACCAGAGCAAACUCCUGUGUAUCCUGCAGGGGAUGCUGUGACAGAUGUGGAACAGUUACCUCUCACAGAAGAAGAUGGGUUCUUUGUAGAGUCCCCGGUGACAGAACCUGGAGUGGAUGUACAUUUGUUCAGUGAUCAUACACCAACACAGACCACAGAGAUCCAGGUCACAGUCCCCACUGAUCUGGACCUGACUGAACAACACGACAAGGACGGAGACACAAACAUGGAGACAGCUGCAGCAGAAGAGGAAACCUCGGCGGGGAGCAGCCCGGAGAGUACCCUUACUGCAACUCUUCCUGAGAGCACCCACUCAGAGGGGGAUGCUGUUCCCUCUGAGAGCACCCCGACAGAGGGGGGCAGUGUGUCCUCUGAGAGCACCCCGACAGAGGGGGACAGUGUGUCCUCUGAGAGCACCCCGACAGAGGGGGACAGUGUGUCCUCUGAGAGCACCCCGACAGAGGGGGACAGUGUGUCCUCUGAGAGCAUCCCCACAGACGGAGACAGUGUGUCCUCUGAGAGUACCCUCGCAGAGGGGGACAAUGAGGUUGACAGUGUGUUCCCUGAGACUGUCCCUGUGAGCAGCCCCACUGAAGAGGAUGAUGUGUCCCCUGACAUUGUCCCUGAGAGCACCUUCACAGAGGAGAGCACCUUCACAGAGGAGAGCACCCUCACAGAGGAGAGCACCCUCACAGAGGAGAGCACCCUCACAGAGGAGAGCACCCUCACAGAGGGGGACAGUGUGUCCCCUGACAAUGUUCCUGAGAGUACCCCCACAGAGAUGGUUGACGUGUCCUCUGAGACUGUCCCUGAGAGUACCCUCACAGAGGGAGACAGUGUGUCCCUUGACACUGUUCCUGAGAGUACAACCACAGAGGGGGUUGACGUGUCCCCUAACACUCUCCCUGAGAGUAUCCUCACAGAGGGGGAUAGUGUGUCCUAUGAACACCCUCACAGCACCCUCACAGAGGGGCAAAGUGGACUCUCCUCUGAGAGCACCCCCACAGAGGGGGAAAGUGGGAGUGGACUAUCCUCUGAUGCUGACACAGGCGUGUACGAGUGGACACCUGCCCCUGCAAUGAGACAGGUCAGCACACCUCUGAUGUCAGCUGUGGAGAGGAGCAAGGACCUGGUGGUGUUUUUUCGCCUGAGGGUCUCCAACAUGAUGUUUACAGACAACCUCUUCAACAAAGACUCUGCUGAGUAUAAGUCCCUGGAGAACACCUUUUUGGAGCUGACACAGCGGCCUGGCCUCAGAAAGCAGCAGAACCCUGGAGCUUCUCGUAAAUCAGGGCCACACAGUUUAAGAACCUUAGCCUCCAUCCCGCUUCUUCCAUAUCUGGCAACCAACCUGACGGGCUUCAAAGCUCUGGAGAUCCUGAGCUUCCAGAAUGGCAGUGUAAUAGUAAAUAGUAAGAUGAAGCUGAACAAAGCUGUGCCAUACAACGUGACUGAGGCAGUGCACUGUGUCCUGGAGGACUUCUGUAACUCCGCCUCCAGCCAGCUCGACAUCCAGGUGGACAGCCGCUCUCUGGAGGUAGAACCAGCUGAUGAGCCAGAUCCCUGUCAGUCCAUCACAUGCUCAGAGUUCUCCCGCUGUAUGAUAAACGGCUGGAGUGGAGAAGCUGAGUGUGUCUGUGAUCCUGGAUACAGUGCAGUGAAUGGCCAGCCCUGUCAGAGCCUGUGUACUCUGGAGCCAGACUUCUGCCUCAACGGAGGUCUGUGUCAAAACAUACCAGGUCACGGCGCCACCUGCAGAUGCCCUGUUGGUAAAUACUGGCACUACCAUGGUGAGCGCUGUGAUGAGCUCAUCACUCUGCCCCUGGACACUUCGCUCAUUCUCACUGGCCUCGUGGGGAGUCUCUGCCUUGUCGGUGCUGUUAUCGGCAUUCUAAUAUUUAUUAACAAGAAAUGCAUCAAGCCCCAAAAAGCUGUAACUACGAUGCACACAGUGGCUCCUUAUGCCUUUGACCACACGUUGCGGGUGAACCCUGUAUUUCAGAAUGAUGAUGAGUUGCUAACUCAGGUGUCCACAUUGCCUUAUCCUUCGAGCUCUGUGUCUUCACAGUCACAAGCAUCUGAGCAAGAGCAUUUCGCUUCAAUUGAAAAUAUUCAUCUAAGUAUUGAGAUCCCCAGACAACUCUACACAACAAGAUCAGAAAAGUUAGUAUCGGAUAUGGUGGACAUCCACCACUGCAUACCACACAGUCAGACGUGGCGGCCACAAAUCCCAGGGAGAACAUGCUGUGUUCUGAGAGCUUCAGAAAACGACUGCUUGGAAGUAACUGUGGUGUGAGUUUAGUUUACGUACAAAGAGUAGGAUAUGUUCCUGUUUCCUUUGUCUGAGGUGGUUAUUUCCUCAUAAUGAGGUAUUUAUUAUUUAUUAGAUACAUAAAAUUGGUGAUACAAAUGCAUAGACAUAAAAUAAAUGUGAUAUGUGACCUGGAGAGCCAUAAUUGCCAUGUAUGAAGUAUCAUUUAUACAUUUGCAUUUUACAUUAAAAUGAAAAUGUUAAAAUCCAUUAAAUAAAUUAAAAUCAAA